AGGAAAAAGACACUGAUGUAAACAUGUUAAAAACAAUGUUUAACAGAAAAUAGCUGUGUUUCCCCUUCAGUCUAAGUCUGUAUGUUCAACAUUGGCCUGGAUAUUCUCAGCUGAGCCAAGAAAGGAAUCGAUUAGGAAAUUCUCCCAGAUGGAUCGUUCUUAAAAUCCAAAAAGCUACAAUGAAAGUAACUUGCAUAUUCCUCCUCUUUGCGGUGGGGAUUUUCUGUUAUUCAGCCAAUGCAGAAAUUGGUGUCAGUGGUGAAAAAGAGCCAGCUUGUGAGCAUUACCAUCCACCCGCAUGCCCUAGAAAUCUCGAUCCCAUCUGUGGGACUGAUGGAGUGACUUAUGCCAAUGAAUGUCUCCUGUGCAAUGAGAAUCGGAAAAGGAAUUUGCACAUCAAAAUUAAGAAAUCUGGAAACUGCUGAGAAGGGAGUAUCACCUCUACCAAAGAACACAAGUGAAGCUUUCCUGGAUGCUCCUGUGGAAAAUAUGCAGUUUACAAUUAUACUGUUAACUACACGUAAGAUUUUUCAGUCAAUAAAAAUGAAAGCAUAGCA